AUGAAAAAUUUAGAAAAAAUUAAUCCAAAGACAAGUUACACAGGGUUGAUUGCAAAUGCUUUUUCGAAAUACGUCUCCAGCAGAAAUAAUGACACUACAGGCCCCUUUUUGGACAGAUCCAACAAACAUUUAAGACAAUUGUUUAAUCACGCACGAAUAUUUCACUGGUUCAAUCAGCAAUUAUCAAAGGAGACUGAGGAGAAAAAUAGAACGGAGGUUAACAUGAAGGAUGAUAUAAAUUCGUAUGUCCAAAGAUUCGAUUUGGUUCACGAUACCGAACUUGAUGAAGACUUCAGAAAUCGUAUUAAGAAGUCCUACUUAACAUUUGAUCAAAGAGAGUUAUUUAGAAAGUGGCAUGGGAGAUAUAUGAAAAAAAGGCUAAGGGAACUUAUAGCACCGGUGUGUUCCGGCAUCCUUAUUAUGUAA